AUGAAGAAACCAUGUAAUCAUGAAGAUGAUGAAAUUAAAUGCAAAGUCGAAGAAUUUAGAAUGAAUUUAAAACGACGUAUUGAAGAUUCACCGCAACCAUUUAAAAAGAUUUGUAGAGAACAAAUAAUAUCAUUAUAUACAGCAUCACCGCAAAUUACACCAUUUACACCAAUGUUUUACGAGAUGAAAGCUUCAUUAUAUAAUGCAAGAAAUACAAGUUAUCCACCUGCCUCACAAUCUCUUAAACAAUUAUCAGGAAGUGAUAAUGAUCAUUUAUUUUUUGACGGAACUUUUAAAUCAUGCCCAAAUUCAUUUUAUCAAUUAUAUUCUGUUCAUUCGGUAAACAAUGAAUUAUCAACACCAAAAUUGUACAUUUUAUUACCAGAUAAAAAAGGUCCAACAUAUAUAUCAGUUUUUAAUUCUAUAUUAAAUUUGUGUCAUGUAAAUGAUAUUUGUCUUAAUCCAAAGUAUGUUACUAUUGACUUUGAACAAGCUGCUAUAAAUUCUAUUAAAUUAAUUUUUCCAAAUGCUAUUAUCAAAGGAUGUAAAUUUCACUUCAAUAAGACUAACAACAAUUUGGAAGAUUGGCAUCACAGAUUGAAUAAUGAUUUAAAUAAUGUUGUACAUCCACAUUUUUAUAUAUUAAUACGUUCAGUUCAAAAUGAUCAUGCUUAUGAUUCAGCAAUAUUAUUACGUCAUUUAAAAACUGGUGCAUUACCUCUACGAAAAAAAUUAUUUGUUAAUCGAAAUGCAAGAUUAAAUAAUUUAGAAGAACGUUUCAAACAAAAAACAUUAACAUUAGAUGAAUAUCUUAAAAAAGUUAUGCAACUAAUUGCAAUACAAAAGUAUUGA